ACUGGUCAAGAUACUAUGUCGAAUGCGACACUGCUAAAUUAUUCCAAAAUGCAUUUGAAACUCCAUUGGCGUUAUCUGUUCACCUGAGGGAGACAAUGAUAGGAUUCCAUCUUGACCGAAUUCACAUGGUGUUUUUACCUUUAAGCUCAUACAGUUUCUGGUACACGGUUGUUGCUAACUUUAGGAAGAAAUUGUUCGAAGUCCUCUGCCCAAACAACAGAAUCGACUUGAUUGCUGACGAAGCUCAGCUUGUAAUCAAGAAUUUCAAAGCGGCUUUCAAGCUGGCAUACAAGAGAUCACAACUAAAUGUGACUGACAUGGGUGUGUCUUUCCGGAGUGUGUGCUCUUCAACUAAAGAGGCAGAUAGUGGGAUCUUCACAAUGAAGUUGGUACAAGGACAUGAUGGAGACAACACUUUGUGUUUCGAACCCGAGCAUGCAAAGAGCCUGCGCGAGAGUCUAACUUACUACAUGGUUGCUCACCCUUGCAAUGAAAAAACUGAUGCCAGAAACCAAAGAAAUCUUAAGAAAAUAUGGUGUUCCAUUUGACUACUCGACUCCAGGGUAUUCUCCAUGGGGUCCUGUUGCAGAACAAUGUUAACUACAUCUGGCUGGAAAAGAUCAUCCCAACAGGACUAAAUCACGACCCUAAGCUCCCGGAGGAUCACCCAAGGAUGGCAAAAUGCGGUACACAUGAGAAUGACUCAUCGAUAAGAGGAUUAUUUUUGGCGAAAUACUGUUUUUUUUUUUUUUUUUGCUUUUUAGUAUAGAAAACACAUACAUUCUUAUAUAUCCUUUUUUUGGAUAGUGAUGACAUUUUUGUCCAACGCAAGUUCUUGAUCUUUUUGUUCAGAUACAAAUUAAUUGGCAACACCGUCCUAUGGGUCCUUGAGCGGAUCCCACAUUAGCUCCAAGACGCUGGUCUCUAACUAGGAAAGUAAAUGCUUGAGCUUGAGAAGCUUCUUGCCCGGUGGGUCCAUAAAACUCACUCGGAUAAGCUGUAUUAUUGAACCAUACAAAACAACAAGCGAUAAAACCAAAGACAGAUAAAGCAGCUAAACUAUAAGACAAGUAAGCUUCUCCAAACCAUACAAAUGCACGGCGAGCCCAUGCGAAGGGUUUGGUUAAAAUAUGCCAAAUUCUGCCAAAUACA